AUGGGAGCAAAAUGUUGUAUUCAACAACCUAUAUUAAAUCAUCAAAUUUAUAGUAAUAAUCAAAAUCAAACUCAUGUAUAAGUUGAAUAAAUUCAAUACAUAACUAAAGAGAAUUAAAUUAUAAUAUCUUAAGAAGUUUGUGCUGAAAUAACAGAUGAAAAGAAAUAAGAGUUGGAACAAAUAAAAAGUGAGAAGGAUCAUCCAGUUAAUUAUAAAUAAUAAUAAAAAUAAGAUAUUUAAAAAGUGAUUGAAGUCUCUUAAUAACUUUAGCAUCCUGAUUUAAGACUAUAUGAAUAGCCAAUUGAAAUAACUAAUAAUAACAUAAAAAGAACUCUUGAAAGAAUAGGAAAAUACAUUCCAAUAUAAUAAUAAAUUUAAAUUAAUGGUUAAACCCAGCCUCCUUAUUAAAUAAAAGGUGAAGUUAUAUAUAUAGGCACUUGGGAUGGUUUAAAAAGAGAAGGUUUUGGUAAAUAAUUUUGGUAGGAUGGAUCUAUAUAUGAAGGUUAAUUUUAAAAUGAUAUGAUUACUGGACAUGGCAGAAUAAUAUAUGUCGAUGGUGAUGCUUAUGAAGGUUUUUGGAUGAAUGGUAAUGCUAGAGGAUUUGGAAUAUAUUAUCAUUAUGAUGGUGCAAGAUAUGAAGGAUAAUGGUUGGAAAAUCUAUAAGAAGGAGAAGGUAAAGAGUAUUGGACAGAUAAUUCAUUUUUUGAAGGAUAAUAUAAAUCAGGUAAAAAGAAUGGAAUUGGUAUUUUUACUUGGAGUGAUGGUGCAAAAUAUCAAGGAACCUUUGUUGAUAAUUAAAUUCAUGGAUAAGGAGAAUAUACUUGGGCUGAUAAAAGGAGAUAUUAAGGAGAAUGGAAAGAAAAUAAAAUGGAUGGAAAAGGAACCUUUAUUUGGCCAGAUGGUAAAAGAUAUUUAGGUAUUUAUAUUUUAUAUAAAUCAUUCCAGGAGAAUAUAAAGAGGAUAAAAAAUGUGGAUAUGGAGAAUUUUAUUGGCAAGAUGGAAAAAUAUAUAAAGGUUAUUGGAAAGAUGGAAAAUAACAUGGCAAAGGAGAAGUUAUAGAUCCAAGUGGCAACAAAUAAACAGGAGAAUGGUGUGAUGGAAAAAAAGUAUGA